AUAAUAGAGUUAGAUUUGUUGUGUGUCCGAAAACAUUAGUAUGUGUUUCGAAAAUCUGUGAAAGUCAUGUUGUUUUUUGGACAUAUUGGUGUUUAUCGCCAUGUUAGUAAAACAUAUCGUGUAAUAGUCAGUUGUAGAGAAUACUCAAGACUUACAGACAACGAUAUCGGAAAAUUAGCAACACGUGCAUUUUGGAAAGAAAAAUAUUCCCGAUCAAAUUUAAAUCAGUCGACGUUUGAUUGGUUUGUAGAACCGGAUGACGUCAUUAAAGAGAUCGAAAGCAGAAUUUUAAAGUCAGGGUCCCAUAAAUCAUUUAGAAUCAUGGACAUUGGCUGUGGGACUUCGUCGUUAGCUUUAAAACUAUAUUCGCAAGUAAAAAGUCCAGUUGAAAUUCAUUGUGUUGAUUUCAUUCACGAGGCUUUGGGACAACAAAAGGACUGGUCAGAGCAAGUCUUGACUAAAGGACACCCUUGUACUUCCAGUCAUUUUGUGAUGGCAGACGUGUGUCAUUUACCGUAUAGAGAUGAGAUUUUUGAUUGCGUGGUGGAUAAAGGAACAAUCGAUGCUUUAGUAAAAGAUAAAAUAUUGGGUGAAGAGAAAUGCCGAAAAAUGUUGUACGAAAUGGGACGACUGUUAAAUAAAAAUGGAACAAUUUUACAAAUAUCGGACGAACAUCCGGAAGUACGGCAACAGUUAUUAGAGACACUUGCACAAAAUAACUGUUUAAAGUGGUCUUCUUCGUGCAUUAGUUCUUUUGGAAACAUUGAGUAUUUUAUGUACAUUGGUCGCUUAAAAACAGAUUUACCUUCAGGCUCUUGGUAAGAUCAAAUUAUACCAUUCAUAUCAGGUUAUUUCAUGAAUUUGUCCAAUGAGAAAAUACUAACAGGUUGGUCAUACAAAAAAGAGAACAUGGACUAACAAAAACCAACGUUAGCAAAUGAUAAAAUAAAUUUCCCUGCCGCAUUU